AUGGAUCUGGGCUUUCUGAGACAUCCUUCUCAAGAGAUGCUGGAUAGCUCGUGGCUAGUCUUCACUGCCCUCUGCAGUUCUUUGUGUUCAGAUACAGAUCAGUUUCUUAAGUGUCUGCGGCCAGCAGGAAUACUCUCAAAUGUUCACAAUCUUCUCCCUGGCCUUGUUCGAGGAGCAGUCAUUGUCCUGGCACCAAACUGCUUCAGCCGCCCUAGUAAAACUUUUAAACCUCAUUCCACAUUUACCAAAAACUGCCAGAAAGUGACCAAAUGCAAAGAGUUGCUGGGAGAGGAUUCAUCUGACAGCAGUCUAAGUAGUUUGACACUGCUUCCAUUUCUAGCCAAAAAUAGCUCAAACGUAACCUCACAAAACAAUGUGUAUGCCAGUGAUAUUUGUGGCCGGCAUUUUUUAUUUGAUAAACGAUGGAAAAAUGGAACUUGCAUCACUAUUGGCAUUGAAGAUGAUGUUCUGAUUAACCACAACCCUACAAAUCCACUCUCUCAGGAGUUUCAUGUUUAUCGCUCUCACAAUCUAACCAGAUUUGCCCACCGCAAAGAACUCUGCCCGCGCGACCCAAGACCACUUAUCUGCGGGUCUGAUUAUCUGGCUUCAUUUCCAUCAGUUCUGUUACCAGCCACCACCCCAUCUGUCAGUGGACAACUCUGUUUAUCACAAAACUAUAAAAACAGAUUAAGGAUGAAAAAUAGAGCACGCUAUCUCUUCUCUGAUGGUGCUAACAACAAAACCCAGUCGUACCCUGAUCCACACCUGGGUGCCUCGGCCUCUUUUGUUCAGAGGCUCACAGAGAUUUCCUCUCUGGAAGCAGAAACAGUGCGGCAGGAGAGAAUGAAGAGACUCAAAAAGAUCAAUAGGCAGGACUCUUAAUCGGAGUUCAUUAGCCAAAGAGGAAACACUUGACUCCAGAAAUCACAACUGUGCCAAGAUGGAGUAAAUAAAGUCAAGGAAAAACUUGAGAGGUACAGAGUGUUGUAGCGCAACCACUAUAUUGUAACUGAAAUGAAAUGAAAACGAUGACUGUAGCAACCAUUUACAUUCCUGAUGUAAAACUAUCAGGGAUUGUUGAAUU